UCACUCGACUAGAUUUGUUUGGCGCUUAACAGCCCAUUUCGUGCAAUGAUUUUCUCUAAAAGAAACAAACCACGCAAAGGAAUCAUUAAAAAUUCAAAUCAGAAACACUACAUUUCGUUGGUUGACUAUGGAGGAAACAUGCAGAGUUUGCAUGGCAAGGUCCGUCGCAUUCACAAACAUUUUCGACGAGCUACAAACAUUGGACACUUGCAUUGCUGACAUGAUAUCGGAGUGCACAGGAUACGCGGUUAGGCGAGGUGAUUUACUAUCAGAAAAAAUAUGUCUGCAUUGCCUUGAGGAUGCAGUGAGUGCAUUCAAUCUGAAGAAAUCCUGCGAACAGAGCCAUAAACAAUACUUUACCCUGACUGUGGAGGAUAGGGAAGAAGGCAUAUGCGAUAAUGUAAAAGACGUAGUCUGGGAACUGUCCGAAAGAGAAAAUGCGCGAUCGAAAUGUUUCGGAACCGCUGCAAAGUUCCACAUAAAUUUUGCCACUGAAUCGGAGCGACAGCAAAGGUCUUUUCUAGGAGUCUCGACGGCUUCGCUCCACCCUCACAUGAACGAACGUACUAACUCAGGAGACGGACCACACCAGUCCGAGCUCAACGAACACACCUGUAUUCCCACUGUGGAGAUGCCGCAUAAGUGUCCUCACUGCUCAAAAUCAUUUGGUCGAUCCGAUAGUCUCCGGAUUCAUGUCCGGUCGCACACGGGUGAACGACCUUACCAAUGUCCUCACUGCUACAGAUCUUUUAAUAAGGAAGAACCUCUACAAAUUCACAUUUCUACCCAUAAUGGUGAACGACCGUUCAAAUGCUCUCUCUGCUCCCAGUCGUUUCACCAAAAAUCUCAUCUCCGAGAACACAGCCGUCUUCACACUGGCGAACGAACUCAUACGUGUUCAUACUGCCCAAAGUCCUUUACAAAAAAAUCCAAACUUGAUAGACACACUCUUACUCACACAGAUGAACGACCUUUUCGAUGCGCUCAGUGCUCGAAGUCAUUUCAAGAAAAAUCGAAUCUCCGGGUACACUUCCGUUCUCACACUGGGGAGCGUCCUUAUCAGUGCACCCACUGCCCCAAGAAAUUUCGAUACAAAAACAAUAGCUACCAGAGACACCUACUUAGUCACACAAGCAAUGAAAAGUGGGCGAUUCCGGGGCUCAAGAUCACAUCCGUAAGAUCGCUGGAAAAUGAAACGAUUGCUUCUACUGCAUACCGAAAUUCUUAAGUUUGUUUUUAUACCACUUAAAGUACUCAAAGCGGGGUAUAUCAAAUUUGUGCUGGAUAUAUAUUUUUGUAACGCACAAAGGAAAACGUUACACAUAUUCUUUAUCGGAAUCAAUAGCCAAGUCGAUAUGGCUAAAAAUCACGUUACUAACUACCGGGUAUAAUAGGAGAAACGUCGAUUUUGAAGUGUCUCACAACGUUCCUCCUCUUUGAACAUAAUAUUUGUAUAAUCAAUUAUUUCUGAUAUCACCGAUACUGUGACUUUUACAUAUUUAACGUACUUUUGUGCGUAGAGUCGAA